AUGAACGUUGCAAUUGUCGGCGCAAAUGGCGAGGCCGGUUUGUCCAUCAUCGAUGCUCUCUCACCUUCUCCAAAUGAGUUUAAAUUAACCGCAAUUGUGCGACCUGCUUCCAUCAACAAACCCGAGAUCCAACAAAUCAAGAACAAGGGCGUUUCCGUGGUCCCUAUCAAUCUCGAAAACAACCACGACGAACUCGUCAAGGCACUCACUGGUCAAGAUGUAGUCAUCAGUUGUCUUGUGCCCUUCACUACCGGCCCUGAAAUUGCUUUGGCAGAUGCUUCCAAAGAAGCUGGAGUCAGACGAUUCCUCCCCAGUGCCUUUGGCCCGCCCUGCCCUCCUGAGGGCGUCAUGCUUCUUAGGGAGUUUAAAGAGACCAUCAUCAACCACGUCAAGAAAAUCUAUCUUCCCUACACAGUCGUUGACGUUGGCAUGUGGUAUCAGGUCUCUCUCCCAUCUCUUCCUUCUGGCAAGAUUGACUAUGCUCUCAAAUUCCCCGCCGCCGUCGUCGCCGAGGAUGGUUCUCACGCCACAAGCUUGACAGACCUGAGAGAUAUUGGAAAAUACGUUGCCGAGAUCAUUACUGAUGAGCGAACCCUGAACAAAUACGUCUUUGCUUACAACGAAGUCUGGACUCAGGAGGAAAUUCACACUCAUUUGGAAAACGCCAGCGGUGAGAAGAUUCCUCGCAACUCGAUGCCAACCAAGGAUAUCGAGGCCACCAUCGCAGACGCCCAGGUCAAGUACGAUGCGAGUGACAAGAGCCUUCCCUUCAUCUUUGGACUCGCUGCUCCCCAGUAUCUCUACUGCGAGUGGUUCCGUCAGGACAAUCUCCCUGAGCCUGCCAAGUAUCUGGGCUAUCUCAGCACCAAGGACCUUUACCCUGACUUUGAGCCAAUCAAGUACGUGGACUAUGUUGAUGAAGUCAUGCAGGGCAAGGGCAAGAGCAUCUAUGCAAACCGUUGA